GUGAAAAAAAGAAAAUCGAGGUACACCUCUCUCUCUCUCCCUCCUGUGCUGCAAUGGCUGCAACUUGCGGUGUCUCUGUCAUCACCCCCAAAACCCUAAUACUUCAUUCAUCUCACCUGGUCUCAAACCCUACCCCGUCCUUUCCAAAACCUUCACUAAAACAAACUCACCAAUUCUUCUUUUCCUUCCGGUUCAACGCACUACUGAAUUACCUUCCAAGUCGGUCUCACUCGACCCCUCGUGCUACUCUAUCGUCUCCGGUUCGGGCAGCUCUCGACAGUGAGUAUUCGUCGAGGAGGAGGAGUAGCAGCAAUGAGCCCAGGGAGACGCUAAUGUUACCGGGCUGUGACUACAACCACUGGCUCAUUGUCAUGGAGUUCCCCAAAGACCCUGCACCCACCAGAGAGCAAAUGAUCGAUACUUACCUCAAUACUCUCGCUACAGUUUUGGGAAGCAUGGAAGAAGCACAGAAGAAUAUGUACGCUUUUAGCACCACUACUUAUACUGGCUUCCAGUGCACUGUAGAUGAAGCAACAUCAGAAAAAUUCAAAGGAUUGCCUGGAGUUCUCUGGGUGUUGCCUGAUUCAUACAUAGAUGUUAAAAAUAAGGAUUAUGGAGGUGAUAAAUAUAUAAAUGGGGAGAUAAUUCCAUGCAAAUACCCCACUUAUCAGCCAAAGCCACGUGGACAAUCUAAGUAUGAAAGCAGAAGAUAUGAAAGGCGAAGAGAUGGCCCUCCUCCUGAAAGAAGACGACCAAGGCGAGAAGCUGCUCAAUCAGAAUCAGCCUCUGGAUGAGUUCUUCAUUUGUGUCUCUUCUAAGGUGGUUGCUGAUAUGUGACUGGCUGGAAAUAAUUUCUAACUGUGUAAUGGAAAUAGUUGUCUCAAUGUAUGUGCAAAACUUUAUUAGGAGUGUUGUGAAGUUUUAGUUGGAUGGAAAUUGCUAUUGUAGGAGCUUCUCGUGGGAGUCAGUUUAUGAACUGAGGAACAUAUAUGAACCUGUUUACAUCAUUACAGCAGUGCUCUCUCUCUCUCACACACACACACACACAUGAGAGACACUCACUAAAACAUAGACAUGCAUAUGCAUGCCUG